GGAAUGGACAAUCAGACUGUCCUGGCUGUCCAGUCAUUGUUGGAUGGCCAAGGAGCAGUCCCUGAUCCAACAGGCCAGAGUGUCAAUGCACCACCUGCCAUCCAGCCACUGGAUGACGAGGAUGUCUUUCUCUGCGGGAAGUGUAAGAAGCAGUUCAACUCGCUGCCGGCGUUUAUGACCCACAAGCGGGAGCAGUGCCAGGGGAGUGCCCUGCCCCUGGCCACAGUCUCACUGGCCACCAACAGCAUCUACACGCCAUCAGCAGCACCCACAGCGGUCCAGCAGGCCCCACCUCCUGCCAAUCGCCAGAUCUCCACGUACAUUACAGUGCCCCCAUCCCCGCUGAUCCAGACCCUGGUGCAGGGGAACAUCUUGGUAAGCGAUGAUGUGCUCAUGUCCGCCAUGUCAGCCUUCACGUCCCUGGACCAGCCCAUGCCCCAGGGCCCCCCUCCUGUGCAGAGCAGCCUGAACAUGCAUUCUGUGCCAAGCUACCUCACCCAGCCCCCGCCUCCUCCCCCACCCCCUCCCCCACUGCCCCCACCCCCACCUCCUCAGCCCCCACCACCCCCACCCCAGAGCCUGGGCCCCCCGGGGCGUCCCAACCCUGGUGGGAAUGGCGUGGUGGAGGUAUACAGCGCCACAGCACCCCUGGCUGGGAGUGGAACGGUGGAGAUCCAGGCACUGGGAAUGCAGCCCUACCCACCCCUGGAGGUGCCAAAUCAGUGUGUGGAGGCUCCAGUAUACCCCACUCCCCAGGUGUACAGCCCUGGCAAACAAGGAUUCAAACCGAAAGGACCAAACCCUGCUGCCCCCAUGACCAGCGCCACUGGGGGCACAGUGGCCACCUUUGACUCCCCACCAUCACUGAAGACCCGACGGACCAAAAGUUCCAGUGGACUUCCAGAAGCUGCAGGGAAGCCAAAGGCUCAGAAACUUAAGUGUUCAUAUUGUGACAAGUCAUUCACCAAAAAUUUCGACCUGCAGCAGCAUAUCAGAAGCCACACUGGUGAGAAGCCCUUCCAGUGCAUUGCAUGUGGCCGUGCCUUUGCCCAGAAGUCUAAUGUCAAGAAACACAUGCAGACCCAUAAGGUGUGGCCUCCAGGACGCAGCGGUGGCACCGUCUCUCGCAACUCUGUGACUGUACAGGUCAUGGCCCUGAACCCCAGCAGGCAGGAGGAUGAAGAUAGCACAGGGUUGGACCAGACCCUGUCAAGCACCCCACAGCCCCAAGCCUUGCCCUCAGCAGGCGAGGAUGAGGGUGACAAGCUGGAGGCCAAGCAGGUGGUCCUCAUUGAUAGCUCCUACCUGUGCCAGUUCUGCCCCAGCAAGUUCAGUACCUACUUCCAGCUCAAGUCCCACAUGACCCAGCAUAAGAAUGAGCAGGUGUACAAGUGUGUGGUCAAAAGCUGCGCACAGACAUUCCCGAAGCUCGACACGUUUCUGGAGCACAUCAAGAGCCACCAGGAGGAGCUGAGCUACCGCUGCCACCUCUGUGGCAAGGACUUCCCCUCCCUGUACGACCUAGGCGUGCAUCAAUACUCACAUAGCCUCCUGCCGCAGCACAGCCCCAAGAAGGACAGCGCUGUCUACAAGUGUGUCAAAUGCGUCAAUAAGUACUCCACCCCGGAGGCACUGGAGCACCACCUGCAGACUGCCACUCACAACUUCCCCUGUCCGCACUGCCAAAAGGUGUUUCCUUGUGAGCGCUACCUGCGGCGUCACCUCCCCACCCAUGGCAGUGGGGGCAGGUUCAAGUGCCAGGUGUGCAAGAAGUUCUUCCGGCGGGAGCACUACCUCAAACUGCAUGCUCACAUCCACUCAGGUGAGAAGCCCUACGAAUGCUCAGUGUGUGAGUCUGCAUUCAACCGCAAGGACAAACUGAAGAGACACAUGUUGAUCCAUGAGCCAUUCAAGAAAUACAAAUGCCCCUUCUCGACACACACGGGCUGCAGUAAGGAGUUCAACCGGCCAGACAAGCUGAAGGCUCAUAUCCUCUCCCACUCCGGCAUGAAGCUCCACAAGUGCGCCCUGUGCAGCAAGUCCUUCAGCCGCCGCGCCCACCUCGCCGAGCACCAGCGCGCCCACACUGGCAACUACAAGUUCCGCUGCGCUGGCUGCGCCAAGGGCUUUUCCCGCCACAAGUACCUCAAGGACCACCGCUGCCGCCUCGGCCCCCAAAAGGACAAGGACCUGCAAGCCCGGCGGCCCCCCCGGAGGAGGGCAGCCCCCCGCGGGGGCAGCAGUGGAGGGCACAAGGUGGUAACCCCCCUGCCCGACCCACUGGGGCUGGAGGAGCUUAAGGACACAGAGGCUGGGCCAGUGCCUGAGGCUACCCCAGGCAAGCCCCCCUUCUCGGAGCCAGAUGCUGUGCUGUCCAUCGUAGUAGGGGGUACAGUAGGGGGCGAACCUGAGCUGGUAGUGCCUGGGCACGCCGAAGGCCUGGGCUCCAACCUGGCACUGGCAGAGCUGCAGGCAGGGGCUGAGGGCCCAUGUACCAUGCUUGCUGUGCCCGUCUACAUCCAGGCCUCAGAGUGACGAACCCCUGGUGUUUGUUCCCAGGGUCUUGCCUGAUUCUCACCUUUGGGUCCAGGGCCUCUGGGAGCAGACUAGAGAUCCUUCCCAAUGGAAGUGAGCCAUUGGUCAAAAUCCUUUCGGAAUGUCAUCUGUAAACCCUAGCCCAUGGCCGCCCCGCUGUGUCCCCUAUCCUGCUGGAAAGCCCUGCAGCAUCCUGGAAUCUGAGGCAGGGAUGAUGGCAAGAGAGACGGUGAAGCCUGAGUGGCCCAGGGUCUGGCUGGUCCAGGCUGGUGGUCAAGCUGCCUGAGGCAGAAGACAGGGCAGCCUGCCCAUCCCUCCUCCAGGGUAGCCUCUUGUCAAGCUGCUCUUCAGGAGUCCUGAUGUGAUUGGAGCCCUGAUCUGCUGGACCUUUUCAUAUGAGGCUCCUCACAGCAUCCCCUGGCCACUCUGUGAUGUAGGCAUAUAGGAGGCUCUUGGGUAUCUACCAUUGUUAGAGUGCAGCUAUCAGCCAGAUCUGGCUUCAGAUCCAAGCACUGACACUCACUUGCUGUGUGACCUUGGGUAAGUCACUUCACCUUUCUGAGCCCUGUGUUCCUCAUUUGUACAGUGGGGCUUAGGACAGUACUACCUCAUAGGACUGUCAUGGGGAUCCAGUAUGAUGAAAUGUGAAAAGGGUUGGGUAUUGUGCCCGGCACGCAGGAAGUGCUCAGUGCUCAGAAAGUGCUCGAUAAAUGUUUAUAUCAAAAUGUGUGUCCAGAUGGCUCAGGCCCUAGCUCUGGCAGUUUCGUUCUUAGCCCCUAGGUGGCAACAUUCUCUUCUCCAAAGCGUGUGCAGGCUGAGGGGUCCCAUGGCUCCUUACACACAACUGCACUGCCCCAGUAGCCUUAAAAAGGUUUAGUGCAUCCUGACAAUUAUUUCAGAAUGUGCCCCUGGAAACACACAGAGGAAGGGGUUUGUGCUCACUUGACAAUGUAGCAUGUUGGGCCUCGCCCCAAACCCUUUGGAAUCAGAAACUGGCCAGAGCCAGAGGGGUCUCUGGAUGGCCAUACAUGCCCCCACAUCCAGCAUUCCCUUCCCCGCCUCCAGCUCAUCCAGUGGGGAGCAAACCAGGCUCACUAGGAGACAGAAAGGGAGAAAAGGGACUUUGAGCAAUGCUUUCUCCUUUAUCUUCACCCCCGCCUUGCUGGGCCACACUGCCUUAGUUACAGGAGAGGACACUGAGGCUGGAGAGCGGACCAGGCAGGUUGUGGGAGGACUGUCAGACUCAGUUUUAUCACUGGGUUUCCUUGAAGGCUGGCACAUCCCUCAGACAUCUGUGUGUGGGUCUGAGGCUGGAGCUCAGAGCAAGUCAAACUUCCUCAUAUCCUCAGGAAGGAUAAGAUGCAGGAGGAGGGAUGAGUAAGGCAGCUGUGCACAGCUGAGGGGUGAGUGUGGUAAGCGUACCAAGCCCGCAGAAAGGCCGGAGGAGGGACUAGUGGGGACAGGAAGUCUCAAAGGAGGUUAACACUUGAUCUAGGCCUUGACAGAGUAUGCUGGGUGGACAGACGGACAAAGGCAUGCCAGGUAGAGCCGGCAUGAGCAAAGACCUCAAGGUAUGACAAUGCAAGGCCUGUUAUGUUCUGCGCCUGGUGAAUAGUCUAGGAUGACAAAGACUUGGGGAAGUGGGUGGAUCAUGAUAAUUACUAAUACGCUUCAAGCCUCCACAGGAUGGAUGCUGUGCUAAGACUUUUAUAUCAUAUCAUGUCAGCCCCAUUGGGUGAGAAUUGUCACUUUCCUUAUUUUGUCGAUGAGGAAACAGAGGCACAGAGAGGCAGUUUCUUGCCCAAACACACAGCUAGUAAGUCACAGACCUGGGAUUCAGGCUGGGGUGGCCUGCCUUCAGGUGCCCUUAGCCACUCUGCUCUACUGAAGUAUGGGUUGAUGUCAAAUCAGAGAGAGCCUUGGAUGUUGGGUUAAGGAAUUUUCUUCUCUACAAUGAAUAUACUCUCUUUUCUCUGUAAUGGAAGAGUCAUGGGUGCAUUAAACAUUUUUUUAAACUGUAACAAUGAUAGUGAAAGAAAUGUUAGAGACCACAUCUACAUCGUAAUACAACUACCUAAGUUAUAUUUCUGUCUCUACUUCCUGUCAAUGUACACACGCCUGUACUUAACAAUACUCAUGAGGGUUAACAUUUAGUAGGCACUUAUCAUGUGCCUGGCGUGUCUUAAGCACUUUAAGGUAGGUCCUACUUUUAAUCCCAUUUUACAGCUGAGAUGAGGCAAGGUUUAGUAGCCUCAAGUCACAAAGCAGUAAGUGGCCAAGCCAGGCCCUAAAACAAGGGCCAUAUCAAGAUCAGGUCUAGUAUUUAACAGAGGUGUGAAGUUGGACUGUGGGAGAGGAGGCUGGGGCAAUGUUGGGGUUCUCAUAGCUGAAGCUGUCCUAAGUUGGCAGAUGGGGAGACUGAGGCCCAGAGAGGGAAAGGCCUGUGGUCAAGGGUCACUCAAAGUUGAUGACAGAGCUUCUCCUGGGCCCCAGGACCCCUCACAGAGCCCCAAGAUGCUUGACAGAGUAUACUAUAAAGAGGAACAGACUUGGGAAUCCAGGGUCCCACAGAUUUUGGCAUCAGGCAGAGCUGAGUUUGAAUCUUGGCUCUGCCUCUUCCCAGCUGUGUGACUGUGGCAAGUCACUUAACCUCUCUGAACCUUGGAAUCCUCAUACAUCAAAUGGGGAGUAUAGUACUCACCCAAUGAGGUUGUUGUCACAACUCAGAGAGAGAAUUCAGAUAAAGCAGAGAUCACAAACUGGCAGCCCAUGGGUUGAAUUCUGCUUACAGAUAGACUUUGGCAUUCACAGUGUUUGAAAAAAAUGAGCCAACGUUGAAAAAUAAUGAAAUUAAAAGACUGCAGUCAUGAAAGGUGAGAUGUAUUCUGUCUGUGUCAGGAAUAAGACAAAGAUGUCUGCUAUUGUGACUGACAUUAUAUUGGAGACCUAGUCAAAGCAAGAAAAGAAAGAAAUUGUGCAAGGAUCAGAAAGGGGGAGAUAAUAGCAAGGAUGCUGAAAUAAUAGCAAGAUCAACAUGUAAAGAUUUACUGUGUUCCUGUACUCCAGAAGCAAUUAGAAAAUGUAAUUAAAAAUUUGGGAGAUUUCACAUAAAAAUCUGGAUUUCUAACUUCCAUUGAAAAAUGGGGUGUCUGGCACAGUUGGGCAGCAGGCAGAUGGAGCUGGGCCACCAGCCCCUUUAGGUGGGUACAUGUGUUACAUUUGUUUCAAAAGUGGGAAAGCAAGAUGGCCAGACGUGGCCACAUGAUUUUUCACGUUCCUGGCCCACUUUACUCAUUCAUCUUAUUUCUAGUCUCUAUAGGUAUAUGACUUACUCUGUAAAUUCUGCUUCCUUUUCUUCCGGUCCUCUGUCUACCUCUCAGCUAGAGCUGGCCUCAGUUUCUCUAUCAAUAAAUGUGGGUAGUUGAGUUGUGACUUUACUGACUAUAUACUAAACACCAAGCCCUGUGCUCUAUGCUUUAUUUACAUGUUACUAAGUCCUCAAGACACCCCUUGGAAGCAGGCUAUCUCAUUACACCCAUUUUACAGGUGGGAAAACCAAGGCUCAAGAGAGGCAUCACAACUUGCCCAAGGACUCACAGCCAGAAUGUGUGGAGCAGAGCCUCCAGUCCAGGACUGACAGACUCCAAAGCUCUUGUCUUCUUUUAGGAUCUCUAAAGCCCUCAGCUCUAAUGGGCUAUGGGGUUUUUUUGGAACCACUUCUCUGAGGCUCCAACCACUGCUCGUCUCCUUGGCCACACUGCUCUGUCCAGGAUGCCAGCCUCUCCUACAAGGAUGACUGUAUCAUCAGCCUUCCCUUUGGUCUCCCUGCUUUCUCUCUUCCCCUACUAUGAUUCAUUCUCUUGACAGCAGCCCAGGGAAUCUUUCUAGACCCUCAAUCAGGUUAUGCCACUUUCCUGUUUAAAGCCCUUCAGUGGCUUCCAGUCUCUCCAGAAUGAAAUCUGAAGUUUUCCCUGUAGAUUUCAAGGUUCUACCUGAUGCAGCCCUCACCUCUUACCCUUCUUUUCUUUUCUUUUUUAUUUAAAUUUUUUGUUUUGCAGUGGGGAGGUAAUUAGGUUUAUUUAUUUUUUUACUUUUUCAGUGGAGGUACUGGGGAUUGAACCUAGGACCUAGUGCAUGCUAAGCAGGCACUCUACCAUUUGAGCUAUACUCUCCCCCCUACCCCCUCUUUUCAUAUUCCCACUCCAGCUACACCUGCCCUCUAGCUAUUGCUCCAUCAUAUAGAUUAGUUCCUGCCUCAGGGUCUUUGCACUUGCUCUUCCCUCUGUCUAGAAUGCUCUUCCCCUAGAUUUUCAUAUGGCUGGCUGCUUCCCUCUAUUCACCUUUGUCCAAAAGUCAUUUCCUUAGAGAGGUCUUCUCUGGCUAAUCUGUUUAAAAUAACCCUCACUUACUUCCAUCAUUCUUUAGUCCCUUACCCUGCUUCAUUUUUAUUCAUCAUCCUUGACAUUGUAUUAGACAUUUCUUUCUUUGUUCUCCUCACUAGAAACAAAAGAUCCAUAAGGACAAGGAUUUUUGUCUGUUUAUUCACUGAUAAAUCUCCAGUGGUUAGACCUACCCAGGAAUUGCUGGACAACACUUAUUGACAUACUUUGUGAGAACAAGGCCCCCUCUACUCACCCCUCCUCCCACAGAGGCCAAGGGUAAGUUUUCCCCAGUAAGAAUCCGCCAUGCAGGCUGAGAGAGAGCUAGGAGUUAACAUCUGAUAUAAAGGACUCUUUUCUUUGUCAUAAGAAGGAGCUGAGAAUAUCUGGGACAAAUGACAAAGGCUGUGGCUUGAAAGUCCCAGUUCCAGAGCAGGUAUCCUGCCUCGCCCAAGAGAACCGGUUGGACCAAUUUUAUCACCGUGGGGAGAAAGGAGUGGAGGUGGCCGCUGCAGACGCUGCCAACCCCCAAGGCUGCCAGCAAGUGUGUCAUGGGUUCUCAGGGUCUGAAGGGUGGUGGUGGUCAGGGAGGUUAGCAGAUUCUACGUCAGGGUUGGGGUGACUCACUACUGGCCAAGGGUGGCUGGUGUAUGAUCAGGCACAGAACCUGAGGCAAGAGGCCAAGGCCCAACUUCAGGGCCUUGGGCUUUUUGUAGAAUCACAGAGACUAAGCUGAAGCCCAGAAAGGGAAGGGUCUUUUCCAAAGCCUCAUCUUGGCAAACUGAGUUCAGAUCCAGCUCUCCUGACCCCCAGUCAUUGCUACCUCAGUUCAUUCAUUUAUUCAUUCAACAAAUAUUUGAUGAGCAUCUACUAUAUGCAGACAUAGUUCUAGGCAUUGGUGGUACAUGGUGAACCAAACAGAUAAUGAAAGAUCUAUGGAGCUUUCCACUUCCGCCUCUCAGGUUCUACUGGGCCUGUCCUACCCCUAUUGCUAACUUUGCCCUAUUCCCCAGGGAGGUCAUACCUGCUCCCAGGCCCAUCACACUUCAUUUAUUUGUGUGUGAGGCUGAGUCUCCCUAAAACCAAGUUCCUUUAUGGAGUUUAUGACAAAUUUCUCUGUCUAAAAGUUUAUUCUUGUACUUGUCCUCUUUGACCUCAAUCCCCUUCUUGUCCACUCUGACCUCAAUCCUGUGCUAACUGAACACUAACUGACCAGUUAGAUGACCAAGAUUGCUGUUAUUGAUAACAUAAUUCAUGUACUAAAAUUGCUAUCAUAGACAUCAUCAUUAAUGUAAAAACUGAGACUUUCUACAGGGCAAGAUGAGCUCCCAGACCCCCAAGCCAUGGACUACUUGGCCAGAGAAUCAUAAAAUAGAGACAUGCUGACUCCCUACACCACCAUUAAGACACAAAUGUCACAAGACAAUGAUUAAUCCCAGUUCCUUUUUUCUUCCCCUUUAAAACUUCCCUGACUCAGAGACCAAGGUGGAGCGGAUUUGAGACUUGUCUCCCACUCCCUUGCUUGGCAUCCUGCAAAUAAACCCUUAUUUUGCCACGACCAUCAGCUGUCAGAGUUUGGCUUUCUGUGCUGUGGACACAGGAGCCCUUGCUCGGUUACAUUCGUAUCUCUGUCCAUUCAUUCGUUCAGAUGUAGGCAGUAUAAGUAUGGUGGCUAAGUAAGUUGUCUCUGCCCCUGCAAGCUGAGUGACCUUGAGCAAGCUAUUCAACUUCUCUGUUUCUCCAGCAUCGAAUGUACAAAAUGGGGACAAUAAUAAUGCUCACUUCAUGCAGUUGUGUGGGCUAAAUGAGGUAAUGCAUGUAAACUGCUCAGUUUGGUGUCUUGCUUAGCACAGAGUGCUCCCUAAAGAUUUUCUAUUCCUUUCUGGGGGUUCAGAUGCCAGCCACAUCACUUAAUAAUGGUGUGUGACCUUGGAUAAGGCAUUCAACCUCUCUAAGCUUCUGUUUCCUCAGCUGUAAUCUGUACCUACCUCAUUGAGCUACAGUUGGAUGAUUAAACGAGAAGAGAUAAUCUGUGUAAGCCAUCUGACUCAGUGAGGGCUCAAUAGAUACUACAAUUAUUCCUGUUGUUAUUGUUUAUUUAUUUUGUAAAUACAUAUUGGAUGCAUAUUCUGUGCCAUGCCCUUUACCUAUGUUAUCAGUGAAUCCUCAGAAAGGCUUGGUGAGGAAGUUCAUGUCUCUUUCACAGAUUGGGAAAUAGAGGCAGAUGAAGCACCUUGCUACAUGGAUGAAUAGAAGAGCCUCAGUUCUAAUCUAGGUUAGUGUGGUGGGCACCAAAAUGUGUUUUCUUUUCAACACACUUUAAAUUAAAAUUCGCAUAACAUAAAAUUCACCAUUUUAACCAUUUAAAAUGUACAAUUCAAUGCUUUUUAAUUGGGUUUUUGUCCUUUUUUUUUGAGGUGUAAGAGUUUUUUAAAAAUAUAUUCUGAAUAUUAACUAGUAUUCUCAGGUAUGGAAUUCGCCAGUAUUUUCUUUCAUUUUAUGGGCUGUCCUUUCACUUUCUUGAUAAUGGACUUUGAUACACAAAAGUUUUUAAUUUUGAUGACGUCCACAGUAUUUAUUUUCUUCUUUUGUUACUUGUGCUUUUGGUGUCAUAUUUAAGAUACUGUUGCCUAAUUGAAGGCCCCAAAGUUUACACCUGUGUUUCCUUCUAAGAGUUUCAUAGUUUUAGCUCUUACAUAUAGGCCUUCGAUCCAUUUUGAGUCAAUUUUUGUAUAUGGUUUGAGGGGGGAAUGCAAAUUCAUUCUUUUGUAUUUGAAUACCCAGUUAUCCCAACACUAUUUGUUGAAAGACUGUUUUUCCCUGUUGAAUGGUCUUGGUAAUCUUGUUGAAAAUCAAUUGACCAUAGAUGUAUGAGUGUAUUUCUGGACUCUCAGUUCUACUCCAUCGAUCUAUAUAUCUAUCUUUAUGUCAGUACCACACUAUUUUGAUUACUGUAGCUUUACAGUAAGAUUUGAAAUCAAGAAGUGUGAGUCCUCCAGUUUUGUUUUGACUAUUCAAGUCCCCUUGAAAUUUCAUAUGAGUUUCAGAAUCAUCUUAUCCAUUUCUGCAGAAAAGGCAGCUCAUAUUUUUAUAGGAGUUGUACUGAAUCUGUAGAUCAAUUUGGGGAGUGUUGCCACCUUACAAAUAAUAAGUCUUCCAAACCAUGAAUUCGGGAUAUCUUUCCAUUUAUUUAGCUGUUUAAUUUCGUUCAGCAAAGUUUUGUACUUCUCAGUGUACAAGACUUUCACUUUAUUAGGUUGAACAGUUCUAUUCCUAGUUUGCUGCAUAUUUUUAUCAGAAAAGGGUGUUGGAUAUACUCUGCAAAGUCUUUUGUAUUUGACUGUGUUUGACUUGGUUUUUACAACUAAAAAUCAGCAAAGUCCUUUGUAUUUGAUGGUAUAAUUAUGCAAGACCAAGUCAUAAUAAUUUUCAUUAUUCAUAAUUCAAACCCCAUUAUUUAUAAUAGGUUUUACUAAUUCAGAUUUUCUUGACACAUUUUUAAGAAAGAUACAAAUAUAUGGUAGAGUGUCUUUAACCAUGUGACCUUGAGCAGUUUCUACUUCUGUGGGUCUCAGUUUCCUCAACUGUAAAAUAGAGGUUGGUAUAAUGGUACUUAUUUCAUGGGGCUUUGGUGGGUGGAGAUGAGAUGGAAUUUUGUAUGCAAGGUAUUUGGUAAACAAAUCAAAACUGUAUGCUUCUAUUGCUGCUCUUACCAGAGAUAUUUUAAGAUUGCAAUAUAACAUGUUUAUUUAAGUACAUAAGGUAUGCAAAGGGCACUGAUCUUAAGUAUAAAAAUAUAAAUUUGUACCUGCCCAUGUGAACACCACUGGAUCUUGAUAUAGAACCUGUCAGCACCCCGCAAAGGUCAUCCUGCCUGGUCUGUACUACCCUAGGAGGUGACUGCUGUUCUGACUCCUAUUACUGUGGAUCAGAAAUUAGUUUUGCCUGUUUUCAAACUUUGUAUAGAUGGAAUCAUACAGGCGUUUGUGUCUGAUUUUUCUUUCACUCAACAUGAUAUCUGUAAGUCAUCCAAGUUGUUGCAAGUAAUGGAAGCUCAUUCUUUUCACAUUGUUUUUAAUGAGGUAAUACCAGUGGGUCACAGUUUGAAAAGCCCAAGAGUCCAGAAAAAUGAAGGCCAGGAAAGCCCAGAGCUCUCCAGUAUUGAGCCAAUACACCCUGUGAAUCUCUACCAAGACAGUUGAAUCCUUAGCCAGGAUGACAGCUUCCUUGCCCAUGCAUCACCACCUCCCAUUCCAUACGCUAGGUUGACAUCAAUAAUUGAUCUCAGCAGAGCACAUUUUUACAGAGUCCUGAUGCAACCUCAGAAUUCUUCUCAACCCAGUAAUCCAAGGUCCACACCAAUUGAUUGGGAGGUACUCAGGAUUAAAUAUGAAUCUUCUGCUAUCAUAUCCCCAAGAUGUUUUACUGGGCUCCCAGAGUUAUGACAUGAGGGGCUCUACUAUCAUCCACUGUUUCCCCCCUAGCAAUAGGAGACUGCUGAUGGUGACGUCUACAUCAUCUGCCUGUUCAUAUAUUCUUUGGGUCAUAGAUCAACCCCAGCAGGUGUUUUGCUACCUGUGUGCCUGGUUGCAGCAUGACUUAGAUGAGAGGGUAGGGGCAUAUUGCUUAGAUAUGGAGAGGUUGCUGUACCACAUGAGAUGGCUUGAUUUAAGCCUCCUUGUUUUUAUUAUUUAUUUAUUUUGUUAUUAAAAUUUUUAAAAAUUUUUAGGGAGAAGGUAAUUAAGCUUAAUUAUUAAUUUUAUUUUUAGAGGAUGUACUGGGAAUUGAACCCAGGACCUUGUGUAUGCUAAGCAUGUGCUCUACCAUUGAGCUAUACCAUCUUUGUUUUUUUAUUUUGAUAAAACAUAUCAGUGUCUCAAUUAUAAAACAAAUACAAGUGUGACUUAUGUUUCACAAUGUAUGCUGCUGUGAAUUCUUGGAAAGAUUUCUUCCAACCUGGAAAGUUGUGUGAAAUGAACUCGCAUCCUCUGGAAAUGGUUACGUGUAUGUGCAGGCUGGGGUUGUGGCAGAUUACAACAAGAACUGAAGCAUGUGUUUGUCUACAUGUCUACAUAAUAGUCUGGGGAGGAGACAAGACUAAUGUAUGUGAAAUAAUAAAGGAAAAGUUCUGUAAA